AUUAAAACAGUCAUACUGUGACACUCUUGUCAAUGUUAUUCUUGAUGGUCAAAUGUCAGUUUUAUAGUCCCGUUUUGAAGAAUAAAAUUUUACUGUUAGAAGUAAGGAAGCGAUUAUAUGUUUGAAAUACCUUCAAUAAUUAACUUCCCGUUAAAGGCAUUUCAAACCGGGAUAUACCUGAAAUGGAAUUUUUAAAAGUGGAGAUAUACACUGGUCCCUCUCUGGUAAAAGUUAUAUUGGAGAGAAUCCUUGCCCAUGGAAUUAAAAGUGGAGAUAUAUACUGCUCCCUCUCUGCUAAAAUGUCUUAACAAAAAGAUUUUUUUAAAAAAAAAUGAGAUAUAUUGUAAACAAGUGAUUGAACAUUCAUGCAAAUAACUUCUCACUAAUUGAAGCAAUUUAUAUGGUUUUGAUAAUAAAAACAGUACUGAAUAAGUUUAACAGGAUCUUAGGAAGCAUCAAAUAGAGUCAUGUCAUGCGGCAAACACAUGAUGUGUUGUGGCUUGAUUGUUAAUGGUUAAUCAUAUAUAUGUAUUAUUUAUUUAAGGGUCCCAUGUGAAGUUGAGAUUCAGCCGCAUAUGAAACUCAGACCUCAUUAUCAGCAUCAUAUAAAACUCAAUAUCAGACAAAUUGAAUGGUAAUGCCAAACUGUAAAAUCAUUCUACAGCAAACCAUUUUACACUAAUUUCCUUUCACGCGGACUAAUAAGUUCAUCAUGUACACCGUACCUCCACUACUCACACCACGCCACGUGGCUGUAAUCGGCGCCGGCGCAGGUGGUCUAGUGGCAGCGCGCGAGCUCCGACGAGAAGGACAUCAGGUAGUAGUUUUUGAGCGAGGAGACCAACUGGGUGGGUCAUGGGUUUACACUGCGGAGGUUGAAUCAGACCCAAUUGGUUUGGACCCGAAGCGGAGGAUAGUUCACUCGAGGCUAUACAAUUCGCUCCGAACCAAUCUGCCUCGGGAGAGCAUGAGUUUCCUAGAUUGCCCUUUUAAUAAAAAAGAAGGGAAAGAGAGGGAUUAUAGAAGGUUUCCGAGUCAUAGAGAAGUUUUAAAGUACUUGCAGGAUUUUGCUGCGGAUUUUGAGAUUGAUGAUUCGGUGAGACUUCAGACGGAGGUGGUGUUUGCUGGGGUGGGUGAAGAUGGAAAAUGGACGGUCAGAUCUAAAUCAAUUGAUAAUGAUUGUGUGGAUGAGAUUUACGAUGCUGUCGUUGUUUGCAAUGGACAUUACGUUCAACCCCGACUCCCUCAUAUUCCUGGCAUUAGUUCGUGGUCAGGGAAACAAAUACAUAGUCAUAAUUACAGAACACCAGAGCCCUUUCAAGAUCAAGUUGUGGUUCUAAUAGGUGGUGCUGGAAGUGCGGUUGACAUUUGUCGAGAGGUGGCGAUUGUUGCUAAAGAAGUUCAUGUUGCAGUUAGAUCGGUUGAAGAAGAUAAGCUUGGAAAGUUACCUGGCCAUGAUAAUAUAUGGCUUCAUUCUAUGAUUGACAGUGUUCAUGAAGAUGGCACAGUUGUUUUCCUAGAUGGAAAUGCAGUUACUGCUGACUUCAUUAUACAUUGCACAGGGUAUAAAUACGAGUUUCCUUUCCUUGAAACCAAGGGUGUAGUGACAGUAGAUGACAACCGUGUAGGACCACUGUACAAGCAUGUUUUUCCGCCAGCGUUAGCCCCAUGGCUUUCAUUCGUUGGGUUGCCUUGGAAGGUUGCUCCAUUCCCCUUGUUUGAACUGCAAAGCAAGUGGAUAGCUGGAGUUUUAUCGAAUCGCAUUGCCCUUCCUUCAGAAGAGAAGAUGGUUGAAGAUAUUGAAGCCUUCUACUUGUCACUUGAAGCAUCUGGUAUCCCUAAGAGCUACACUCAUAAUAUGCGCAAGAACCUAUCUGAUCAGUGGGACUACAAUAACUGGAUUGCAGCUCAGUGUGGUGUUCCUGCUAUGGAAGAAUGGAGAAAGCAAAUGUAUAUUGCUACAUCUAAGAACAGGCUCAAGCGGCCUGAGAAUUAUCGUGACGAGUGGGAUGACGAUGACUUGGUUUUACAAGCUGAGCAUGAGUUUGCUAAUUAUGUGAUCUAAUGUUGUAUUAUUUUGACAUUUAUCAAGUCUCAAGCUAUUCAUGUGCUCCUUUGCUCCUAGUUCAUUGUUAUUCUUAACGGCUAAAUGUCAACUUUACAGUGCCAUUUUGAAGAAGAAAAUUUUACACCUACAAAUAAGGAAGUAAUUAUACGUGUUCCUAUCUUUCCAUUAAAGAACCAGUGAUAAUGAUGUGAUCACUUUUUAUUGUACUUUGUAAUGUUUCUCUCAACAAUAAUAAUUGGAGUAUGGAUAACA